AUGGCAACAAGGUGGAGAAGCUUGGAGUGGAGAAGCAAAUUGGAAGGAAUUGUCAAUUUUGUCUCACUCUGGAUGUUAUGGGAGGAUUCAGGUGCGUUUCUAAAUCUUGUUACUCUGUCAUCACAGACCCCUUUUUUUAUUAACAAACACUUCAACCUCAACCUCAACCUCAACAAAGCCAAAUCAUUAUCCUAUAACAAUGGUUAUGUGCAAUAUACGGAUUACGACGAUGAUACUGGUUCAUGUUGGAAAGAACUGCGUACGGUUGUUUGCAAUAGCGACCACACAGCGACCGAGAUUUCUAGGUUGAAAAUCCCCUUUUAUCGUGUCAACGUGAUUAGCUUAUGCAAUGGCAUUUUCUGCCUUGAAUGUUAUGACAACCGCCAUGUUAACACAAUAUUACAUUUGUGGAACCCGAGCAUCAGAAAGUUUAAGAUGCUCUCUGUUCCCUACAAUAAUUACCACUAUGCUUAUAGUUUCACUCUUGGACUUGCUUAUCAUUCCCAAAACAAUGACUACAAGAUUCUCAGAAUUGUGUCUUAUGUAGAGGUUUUUGGAGUAAAACUGCCGCCGGCUGAGGCCGAGGUUUACACAUUGAGUACGGAUUCUUGGAGAAGGUCUGUAAUAUCGUUCGAGUCUGACUCUGAACCCAAUGUUGGAUCUAUUUUUCAGACACAUGCAGAACUUGUAGUGUUCAAGGGAUCAUUGGCUAUGAUUGUUUUUGUUGAAAGUGAAUUUGGACUUAUUGAUAGAUACCACUUGUGGGUGAUGAGUGAGUAUGGUGUGGUUGAGUCUUGGACAAAAAUAAUUGUACAAGUGGCUGGGGUUGAUAACUUCUUUGGCUGCACUGAUUGUGGCGAACUUCUAUUUAACAUUGGCGCAGAGGUCAUUUCAUAUGACCCUGAAAGUCUGAACAAGAACAAACUUGGAAUUUUUAUUGGACUUGACACUUGGUUGGGUUGCACAACUGAUCUUUUGGAGAGCUUGGUUUUACUUGAUCAGAAUGAUGAAGCUGAGAUUGAAGUCAUUGAACCUGAUAGUCCUUUGAGUCUCAAGGAAAAUCCUAGAGAAGCAAACCCCUCACUGGAUGCUUGCCCCUUUCGUUUGAAAUACCCAUCUUUACCUUCAUGGGAAGUGUAA